GCUGAGUGCCAAACUUUGUAUAAAUAGUCAUCUGAUUCAGUAAUGGAAAAUGAGGCCGUGAGGGCUAGAGCAGAAACAUGUAGGCUAGAGAUGGAAGGGGCGACGCGGGCAACACAGGUGACACCCGUGACGGCCACUUCGGGCCGGCCGCCGGUGACCUCCGGUGUGGGGCGCGCCGGUGGUAGGUUCUGGGCACUUGCGGAGGCCGAUCCAGAGGACGAUGAUGAUGAGGACAACGCCGGAGGUUCGCCGGAAGCCUACCCGCCGACGCCAUCGUCGGUGAUUUGCGAGGCUUUUGACCCUGGCUAUUCGGAAGAAGAUGUGGCGGCCAUAGUCGAUGGCAUUGUCCCAGUUGAUGAUCCAGCGCGGCAAGGUUUGGGACGAGAGGACAAGGUCGAGAUCGUGCGUCGGAUGGUUCAUCGGUGGACGGCGGCAGCGGCGAUUCGGCCAUGGAAGGGGCCGAUCCCGAAGGUUAUCUUCAAGGCCACGGCGUUCAUCCGUAUGUGGUCGCUACUCACUCCGACGGAGGCCAGGGAGCGUUUGGUUACUGCGUCUACCCGAUGGGAGAUGGUAGCUUGGGAUAUUUUUAACCGGUUUGAAUGGCGGUCAUGUAAUAGGAUAGAGUGAUCCUAUAGUUUUGCCAGCCGGUUGUGGCUUUGGGCUUUUCUUAUUUACAGAUUUUGUUAUAGUUUGUACUAUGACCUUUCGGUACUUUGUGACUGGUUUUUUACUUUUAAUAAUAUGAGCCGUAUGCAUCUUUCUGAUGCAGAGGCUGGGGCACGGCCCCUUUUCCAAAAAAAGAACUGUA